GCCGCCGCUGCAGCCAACAUGGCUGCGCUCCUGAGCCCGGGAGGCGGCCGCAGCUGAGCGCCGCCCGCCGCCCGGGCCCCCAGCGCACCCAGGACCCCCGGCCCAUGGCCCCCGCCGCCUCACGGUUCCCGCCGCGCUAGGGCUGCAGCCAGGCGCUCACCGCCCCAAGUCGCCGCGGGGCCCCGCGGGAGCCCGGGAGCCGUCCUGCGGGGCGGGGCGGCCCGCCACCAUGGAGCCCCAGCGCCGGGAGCUGCUCUCCCAGUGUCAGCAGAGCCUGGCCCAGGCCAUGACCGAGGUGGAGGCCGUGCUCGGACUCCUGGAGGCCGCGGGAGCGCUGAGCCCCGGCGAGCGGCGGCAGCUGGACGAGGAGGCGGGAGGCACCAAGGCGGAGCUGCUGCUCAAGCUGCUCCUGACCAAGGAGCGGGACCACUUCCAGGACCUGCGCGCGGCGCUGGAGAAGACGCAGCCUCACCUGCUGCCGAUUCUCUACCUGAACGGCGUCGUCGGCCCGCCGCAGCCUGCCGAGGGCGCCGGCUCCACAUACAGCGUCUUAUCCAUCAUGCCCUCAGACUCAGAAAGCAGCAGCUCCCUCAGCAGUGUGGGAACCACCGGGAAAGCGCCCUCCCCACCGCCCCUCCUCACUGACCGCCAAGUGAACGAGAAGGUGGAGAACCUCUCCAUUCAGCUGCGGCUGAUGACCCGAGAGAGGAAUGAACUGCGGAAGCGCCUGGCCUUUGCGGCCCAUGGGACGACCUUUGACAAGAGGCCCUAUCACAGGCUGAAUCCUGACUACGAGAGGCUGAAGAUUCAGUGUGUGCGGGCCAUGUCGGACCUGCAGAGUCUGCAGAACCAGCACACCAAUGCCUUGAAGAGGUGUGAGGAGGUGGCCAAGGAGACCGACUUCUACCACACACUCCACAGCCGGCUCCUGAGUGACCAGACCCAGCUGAAGGAUGACGUGGACAUGCUGAGGCGGGAGAACGGGCAGCUGCUGCGGGAGCGAAACCUGCUGCAGCAGUCGUGGGAGGACAUGAAGCGGCUCCACGAGGAAGACCAGAAGGAGAUUGGCGACCUCCGGGCCCAGCAGCAGCAGGUAUUGAAGCACAACGGGUCUUCAGAAAUUCUCAACAAGCUGUAUGACACGGCCAUGGACAAGCUGGAGGUGGUUAAGAAGGACUACGAUGCCCUGCGGAAGAGGUACAGCGAGAAAGUCGCCAUCCACAACUCGGACCUGAGCCGGCUGGAGCAGCUGGAGGAGGAGAACCAGCGCCUGCUGAAGCAGACCGAAAUGCUCACCCAGCAGAGGGACACAGCCAUCCAGCUGCAGCACCAGUGCGCCCUCUCCCUGAGGAGGUUCGAGGCGAUCCACCACGAGCUAAACAAGGCCACGGCCCAGAAUAAGGACCUGCAGUGGGAGAUGGAGCUGCUGCAGUCGGAGCUGACAGAGCUGAGGACCACACAGGCGAAAACCGCCAAGGAGUCCGAGAAGUAUAAGGAGGAGCGGGACGCAGUGUACAGCGAGUACAAGCUCAUCAUGAGCGAGCGUGACCAGGUCAUCUCGGAGCUGGACAAACUGCAGACCGAGGUGGAGCUGGCCGAGUCCAAGCUCAAAAGCAGCACGUCAGAGAAGAAGGCGGCCAGCGAGGAGAUGGAGGCACUGCGACAGAUUAAAGACACGGUAACUAUGGAUGCCGGGAGAGCCAACAAGGAGGCUGAAAUUCUUCGAAAGCAGUGCAAAGCUCUGUGCCAGGAGCUGAAGGAAGCCCUCCAGGAGGCAGAUGUGGCCAAGUGCCGGAGGGACUGGGCCUUCCAGGAGCGCGACAAGAUCGUGGCAGAACGGGAUAGCAUCCGGACACUCUGCGACAAUUUGAGGCGGGAGCGGGACAGGGCAGUGACAGAGCUGGCUGAGGCCCUGCGCAGCCUGGAUGACACUCGCAAACAGAAGAACGACGUCAGCCGGGAGCUUAAGGAGCUCAAGGAGCAGAUGGAAUCUCAGUUGGAGAAGGAGGCCCGGUUCCGACAGCUGAUGGCCCACAGCUCCCAUGACUCAGCCAUCGACACGGAUUCCAUGGAGUGGGAAACAGAAGUUGUAGAGUUUGAAAGGGAGACUGAGGACAUUGAUUUGAAGGCACUGGGGUUCGAUAUGGCAGAAGGUGUGAAUGAGCCUUGUUUGCCUGGGGACUGUGGCAUAUUUGUCACUAAGGUGGACAAAGGAAGCAUUGCAGAUGGCCGCUUACGGGUCAAUGACUGGCUGCUGAGAAUCAACGACGUGGACCUUAUCAACAAGGAUAAGAAGCAGGCCAUGAAGGCUCUCCUCAAUGGGGAGGGGGCCAUCAACAUGGUCGUGCGGCGGAGGAAGUCCCUGGGCGGGAAGGUGGUCACGCCACUGCACAUCAACCUGAGUGGACAGAAAGACAGCGGCAUCAGCCUGGAGAAUGGAGUGUAUGCUGCUGCUGUGGUGCCCGGAAGCCCAGCUGCCAAGGAGGGGUCCCUUGCUGUGGGAGAUAGGAUCGUGGCGAUCAAUGGCAUUGCACUGGACAACAAAUCUCUGACCGAGUGUGAAUCUCUGCUGCGCAGCUGCCAGGACUCCCUGACCCUCUCCCUCCUGAAGGUGUUCCCUCAGAGCUCCUCAUGGAGUGGCCAGAACAUCUUCGAAAACAUCAAGGACUCUGAUAAGAUGUUGAGUUUUCGAGCCCAUGGCCCAGAGGUUCAGGCUCAGAAUAAACGGAACUUGAUGCAGCACAAUAACUCCACGCAGACGGACAUCUUCUACACAGACAGGCUGGAGGACAGGAAGGAGCCCCCAGGAGGUAGCAGCUCCUUCCUGCACAAGCCGUUCCCCGGGGGACCCUUCCCAGUCUCCCCCGAGAAGUGUCCCAGUGCCUCUGAGCGUAGCCUGAGCUCCUUUCGCUCAGAUGCCUCUGGGGAGCGUGGCUAUGGGCUGGUGGACAUGCGUAGCCGGCGGCCCCUGCUGCCCUUCGAGACUGAGGCUGGUUCCUGUGGGUCAACUGAGGCUCCCCCGGAUAAGGCCGAGCCUGAGAGCUCCAACAGCGGCGGGACCUGGCCCAAGGCCGUGCUCAGCUCCACGGCUGGGCCUGAGAAGCUCUCUGUUUACAAGAAGCCAAAGCAAAGAAAGUCUAUCUUUGACCCUAACACUUUCAAACGCCCCCAGACACCCCCCAAAAUAGACUACCUGCUCCCUGGCCCCGGGCCUGCUCAUUCCCCCCAGCCGUCCAAGAGGGUGGGGCCUCUGACGCCCCCAAAACCUCCUAGGAGGAGUGACUCCAUUAAGUUCCAGCACAGGCUUGAAACCAGCUCUGAGUCUGAAGCCACCCUGGUGGGCAGCUCCCCAUCCACCAGCCCCCCGAGUGCCCUGCCCCCCGAUGUGGACCCUGGGGAACCCAUGCACUCCUCGCCCCCUCGCAAGGCCAGGGUCCGCAUUGCUUCCAGCUACUACCCUGAGGCAGAUGGGGACUCCUCCUACCUGCCUGCCAAGAAGUCCUGUGAUGAGGACCUCACCUCCCAGAAGACGGAUGAGCUGGGACACAAGCGUCGCCGGCCAAAGUCUGCUCCCAGCUGCCGGCCAAAGCUUGCACCAGUGGUGAUUCCUGCUCAGUUCCUGGAGGAGCAGAAGUGCAUCUCAGCCAGUGGAGAACUCUCCCCAGAGCUUCAGGACUGGUCCCCUUACUCGCCAGGGCACUCUAACCGACACAGCAACCCCCCACUCUACCCCAGCAAAGCGUCUGUGGGCACUGUUCCCCGGAGCAUGACUCCGAGCACCACUGUGAGCUCCAUCCUGAGGAACCCCGUCUACACCGUGCGUAGCCACAGGGUUGGCCCUUGCAGCUCUCCACCCGUCCCCAGAGAGAUCGGCCCCCAGGUUUUACAUCCAAGUGUUCAGCACCAGGGACGCCUGAGCCUGGACCUGAGCCACAGGGCCUGCAGUGACUACUCGGAGAUGAGAGCCUCCCACGGGUCCAACUCACUGCCCUCCAGCGCCCGCCUUGGGUCUUCAAGCAACCUGCAGUUCAAGGCAGAACGCAUUAAAAUUCCAUCGACACCGAGAUAUCCCCGGUCUGUUGUGGGCUCUGACAGAGGUUCAUUGUCGCAUUCUGAAUGCAGCACACCUCCGCAGUCACCCCUCAACAUCGACACCCUGUCCUCUUGUAGCCAGUCCCAGACCUCAGCCUCCACAUUGCCUAGAAUUGCAGUCAACCCCGUGGCCCUCGGGGAGCGAAGAAAGGACAGGCCCUACGUGGAGGAGCCACGCCAUGUCAAGCUGCAGAAGGGCUCAGAGCCGCUGGGCAUCUCCAUCGUGAGUGGAGAGAAGGGCGGUGUUUAUGUCUCCAAGGUGACGGGGGGCAGCAUCGCACACCAGGCUGGCCUUGAGUACGGGGAUCAGUUACUUGAGUUCAAUGGCAUAAACCUGCGGAGUGCCACGGAGCAGCAGGCCCGGCUCAUCAUUGGGCAGCAGUGUGACACCAUCACCAUCCUGGCCCAGUACAACCCCCACAUGCACCAGCUCAGCAGCCACUCCCGGUCCAGCUCCCACCUGGACCCUGCCAGCACCCACUCCACUCUCCAGGGCAGUGGUGCUGCCACCCCAGAGCAUCCCUCUGUCAUUGACCCGCUGAUGGAGCAGGAUGAGGGCCCUGGCACCCCCUCACCCAAGCAGAGCGGCCCCAGCUCCAGGAUGGUGGGAGAUGCCAAGAAGAGCCCAGACCCACGAACCGUUUUCAUCAGAAAGACCCAGCUGGAGCUUGGAGUGCAUUUAUGUGGUGGGAACCUUCAUGGGGUGUUUGUGGCCGAGCUGGAGGACGACAGUCCUGCCAAGGGCCCUGACGGCCUCGUGCCGGGGGACCUCAUCCUCGAGUACGGCAGUCUGGAUAUGCGCAGCAAGACAGUAGAGGAGGUCUAUGUGGAGAUGCUGAAGCCCAAGGAUGGCGUCCGCCUGAAGGUGCAGUACCGCCCAGAAGAGUUUGCCAAGGUCAAGGGCCUGCCUGGCGACAGCUUCUACAUCAGGGCCCUGUAUGACCGGCUGGCAGAGGUGGAGCAUGAGCUGAGCUUUAAGAAAGACGACAUCCUCUAUGUCGAUGACACCUUGCCCCAGGGCACAUUUGGGUCCUGGAUGGCAUGGCAGCUGGACGAGAGUGCCCAGAAGAUCCAACGUGGGCAGAUCCCCAGCAAAUACGUGAUGGACCAGGAAUUCUCCAGGAGGCUCAGCAUGUCCGAAGUCAAAGAUGACAAUAAUGCCUCAAAGACACUGUCAGCAGCUGCGCGCAGAUCCUUCUUUCGAAGAAAACAUAAGCACAAACGCAGCGGGUCUAAAGAUGGGAAAGACCUCCUUGCCUUGGAUACCUUUUCCAGUGACUCCAUUCCACUCUUUGAAGAUUCGGUGAGCCUCGCCUAUCAGCGGGUCCAGAAAGUAGACUGUACCUCCCUGAGGCCCGUCCUGAUUCUGGGGCCUUUACUGGACGUGGUGAAGGAGAUGCUGGUGAAUGAGGCGCCUGGCAAGUUCUGCAGAUGCCCCCUUGAGGUGAUGAAGGCCUCCCAACAGGCCAUCGAGCGCGGCGUCAAAGACUGCCUGUUUGUGGACUAUAAGCGGAGGAGUGGCCAUUUUGAUGUGACCACAGUGGCUUCCAUAAAGGAGAUCACAGAAAAGAACCGGCACUGUCUGCUGGACAUCGCCCCCCACGCCAUCGAGCGGCUGCACCACAUGCACAUCUACCCCAUUGUCAUCUUCAUCCACUACAAGAGCGCCAAGCACAUCAAGGAGCAGAGAGAUCCCUUGUACCUGAAGGACAAGGUGACUCAGAGGCAUUCCAAGGAGCAGUUUGAGACGGCUCAGAAGAUUGAACAGGAGUACAGUAGGUACUUCACAGGGGUCGUCCAGGGAGGAGCCCUGUCGAGCAUUUGCACUCAGAUCCUGGCAUUGGUCAAUCAAGAACAGAAUAAAGUCCUGUGGAUCCCGGCCUGCCCGCUGUAGGAGGACGCCGUGCUGUGAAACGACUGUUGUUUGUCUGCCGGUGUCAGCACCUGGCGCAGCUCCUUAGUGACUAAGAAUAGAGUCUGGCUGUCCAUGAGCACGCGGGGGAAGGAUCCACAAACGAGGACUCCAGAAGCACCUCCUUUGGGACAGAGGGCUGCAGACAAGUGGGAUCCGGGCCCAGCCCAGCGGACUGCCUUCCUCUCACAUACGUGCUUUAAGACGAAACAAAAAAUACAAAAGACUUUGAUGGAGAGGUUCAACACCAACCUUUCUUUAGCCAGCUGAUCGGAGAUGCUGCAAAGACACCCUUUCAUAUCACAAGUUUACAAGCCUUUUUCUAAGUAUUUGGUUGUUUACGUUUACUUGAACGGCCAUGUUGUCGGUGCCCAGCCCCUGCCCUCUGUCCAUCCCCCGUGUUGCUUUGAUGUUGGUUUAGUUCCUGUUCGCAGCAGAACAACUCUGGAACCUCAUUGGGGCUGAUUUGCUCUGGAAGGUUCUUAUUGGUGGGACCAGAGCUCUGAAAAACUUUCUGCUCCUCAGUGUCAUCUCUCCUGGAAGGACGUCGCGACUGCAGAUGCCUAGCCAUCUGCGGCGGCAGAACCAGUGCCUUUGUGCGCCGACUCGCCAGCGGCAGGGAAGGCAACACUGGCAGUCUUACAACCUCGUCUCUCGACUUUCCCUCCUGCCUUCUACGCCCUCUCACUUCUUCUCCGUCCGCGUUUUCCGUUUCAGCGUUCUGUCUGGUCCGUCGCAGCCUCUUGGGUUCCCGAUGACAGCUAGUUCUGGGCAGGAUGUUAAGCUGAUGCAUGCAUGCCUUUGGGUCCUCUUUCGGUUCUGUAAAUAGCGACAGCCUUGGUCAGUGCAGCGUUGGCAGGGUACUUCUUAAACUCUGGAGAGUGAGGCAGACACAUCGGCUCUUUUGCGUUUCAAGCUUUGGAUUGAGAGUCGUCGAGGAAGCCUGAUGAUGAGUGUUGUCCUCGUCAAAAAUCUAAAAAGAGAGUGGGAUCUUUUCAUCUUGGCUGCAGCACUCACGACAUGAACAAGAAGUGCUCCAUGAGGAUGUCUUCGUUCAGGAUUUGUUUGGUUUUAUUUUUUUAUUUUUUGCACUUCAGACGCUGGAUGUCUCUGGCUGCAGAUUUGAUGUGGCUCCCCCCUGAACUGUGCGUCCUGUUAGUAGUAGGUUCUGUGCCAGGCUCCACGUGCGUGCCAGCGGGGUGGGCCCUGUAUUUUAAUACUGUUCCUAACAUUUCAUUUUACUAGCAAGAAAUCUCUGAUUUCAUUUUAUUCUUUGUAAUUCUAGACACUAGAUUGUAGUUUAGCCGUACUGACAUUUUUAAAAAAGGGAUAUAUUUUCUUGCACAGUUGUUCGAAAAGAGACACGUUUCAGUCCUCAAUGCUGCCCCUUGUUUUCCAGGUACAAGUUUUCUAGCUCAGACGACUCAGACAAGCUGUAGGCUGUCUCAAGGUCCCGCUCGCAUGCGCUCCAGCUGCGGCUGCGGCGCUGCAGGCAGUGGGACCGUGAUGGUACAGUGUGCACAGGUACUGUUCUCUCAGACUGGGAUUUUCUGUACUGAAACCUUACUUUGUAUCAAAAGUUAAACAGACUUUAGUACA